CAGUUCACAGAAAAAAGCAAAGUAUGGAAGUCGCCCGUCUAGUUCCAGGUGUCACUGUUUUUCGUUAAUAUUUCACAAAGUUGCAACUUCCACGCCCUUUGUUACAUGGUGUCAGAUUAAUAAUUAGACUGUACCAUUGUCAAUCUGCUCAUAAACCCCUCCUCAAGCAUAAAUUUAUGCAUGUAUCCUCGGUCUCGUAAGUUUGAAGAAACAUGAUCAAAUAUUGUUGCAAUUUAAUUCAGUAACGUAUAACUAAUUAUAUUAAAUAUCCGAAUUGUAAAAUAAGCCGUCGGAUACUUCGUGAAAGUGUGUAGGGUUUUGGCUUCUAGGGGAGUGUUUUUUUCAAGUUACAGACAAAAUGACAGAAUCAAACACGGCUGUAGUUGCACGAAGUUUAGUUCAGCAAUGCUUGUAUGGCAAACUGCAAGUGAAACCCCCAACACAGAAUUCUGAGGCAGAAUGGGUUGAGAUUCAGAGAGGAAUGGUGAUUUACAUCUGCUUUUUCAAAGGGGCCACGGAAGAGAUAAUCCCCAAAAUAGUGAGCACACUAUUAAACAUGAAGCUGUGUGAGACAGACACUGGUAGGAAUGUGUCUGUUCUCGACCUGCCUGGAAAUGUUCUGAUAGUCCCACAGGCUACCCUGGGCGGUAAAGCUAAAGGAAAGGGCAUGCAGUACCACGCCAACAUUGGGAAGGAGCAGGGAAUGCAGCUCUAUGCCAGCUUUGUGGCUCAGUGUGAAAAAGAGCUUUCCUCUUCCAGCAAAUGCUCUGAAUCAGGAGUACUGGUCAGACAUGGGACCUAUGGGAAUAGACAAGUAUUGAAACUGGACACUAAUGGACCUUAUACACAUUUGAUUGAAUUUUAAUCGCACCACUUCUGAUUGCUGUCCUGUUUCCAUGACCUCGAUUUCUUUUGGGGCCAGGUGUUUCAACACAUCUUUUUUAUAUUGCUGUUCCAAAUUACAUUUGUGAGAUUCAAAAUAAAUAUAUUGCAGCUAAAUGUA